AUGCCUUCGUAUGCAAAAUUUAUGAAGGACGUUUUGCCAAAAAAAAGAAGGAUUGAGGAAUUUGAGACUGUAGCCCUCACUGAAGAAUCAUGCAAAUACCUGACUAAGAUUCCUCCCAAACUUAAGGACCCUGGAAUAUUCACCAUCCCGUGUACAGUUGGGAAGAACUACCUUGGUCGAGCACUUUGUGAUCUGGGCUCGAGUGUAAAUUUAAUGCCAGCUUCUAUCUUCAAACAGCUUAACAUAGGAGCAGCAAGACCAACCGCAGUCACUCUUCAGCUUGCAGACCGAUCCAUAGUCAAGCCAGAGAAAAAAUCGAGAAUGUCUUUGUCCAAGUAG